AUGCAGAUGAAUGUCUUGCUGCUUGUGCAUAUUGCUGCAUAUUGCUGCAUAUUGUUGCAUAUACAUAUUAUUGUUGCAGGCCCGUCUACAAAACACCCCAACCAACUGCACGAGCGCCAGCAGCUGGGCAACAGUCUACAAAUGGUGGAGAUGUCGCCCCUGGCACGAUGGGGGCCAUCACAAAUGGUGGCGGGGUGGCGGGGGAUGAUGGUGCCAGUGAUGACGGGCAGAACCUGUACCUGGUCCAGUACGGCUCAGCAGGUAUGCAUGAACAUUAACAGCGAUCUGGGUCUGGGUCUGGGUCUGGGUCUGGGUCUGGGUCUGGGUCUGGGUCUGGGUCUGGGUCUGGGUCUGGGUCUGGGUCUGGGUCUGGGUCUGGGUCUGGGUCUGGGUCUGGGUCUGGGUCUGGGUCUGGGUCUGGGUCUGGGUCUGGGUCUGCGUCUGGGAUCAAUAGGCGGCGAUGGUGAAGCACUUCGUGACGCCUUGCUUGACAGGAGCUGCAAGGUGAUAGCUUACAUCCCGGAAGACACACUACUGGUUUAUGGCUCGGACAGUGCUGUCGCGGAAGCGGCAUUACUCAACAAUGCACUUAUGACUAUGUACACCGCCAACCACAAGCGAGAUCCGAGGCUGGACAUGGUUACGAGAGCCGUGAGAUCAGCGAGGCGAAGGCGGCGUAGGCAACUCAUCAUGGAGGCCGGGGGCGAUGAUAGCGGUGACGACAUGGCCGCCGCACAUGAUGGCAAUGAGGACGUCAUCCAUAGCCUGAAAACCUGGAGUGUAUAUAGCGGCAACCAUGUAAAACAUACAGCUGUUGUAAAGCGAUCACUUACGACAUCAAUUUUGCAAGGUGCAGAAGAAGGAAAUAGCAACACGGACAGCGGCGAUACCCAGCUGUACGGCAUUACCGUGUACAUCGUUCCAGAUCUGGAACCGGAGAUGGUUCGGAGCACAAUCCUGGAGGGCUGGAUGUCGUCUCUAGUUACGAUUUUGCAACGUGAUGUCAAACCAGCGGAUCCCUGUUUGCCAAAGGCACUGGACAUGGACCUGUAUAACUCAUUCUCCCCACGACUGCAAAUAUACUUGUGUCCUGAGGUGAGCAUGAGAACGGAUGUAAAAAAGUGCAUAUUGGAUGGGCAGCAGGUGUUGUAUCACGACUUCAGAAAGACACCGAUCGCGGAUGUCAUGUCAGAAUCCCAUGAUACACCCAGGAAACAACAGCAGGCCAGAUCCAAGCAACAAUUUAGGCGCAAUAUUUUAGCAGAGAAACCCAAGUUUCGAAGGAAGAAGUAG